AUGACCGGCGACAGUUGGUUGAUUAUUCUUCUGUUCUUGUUUCUCACAUUAAUCCUCUCAGUGAGACGAGAGGAUUUCAAAACAUGCGAACAGUCUUCAUUCUGUAAGAGGCACCGAGCGAUAAAGGAGCCUACUGGCUACGAAGUGGACGCGAACAGUGUUUCGCAUGACGGUGCAACGUGGCGAGCUGUGAUCCAGAAUCCUGACAACCGGCUACGUCUAAAAGUGAUGGGUGUGAAGGACGGAACAAUUCGAGUUCAAAUCGAUGAGACCGAAACGGCUAUACGGAAGAGAUUUGUGCCGGAAAUCGCUCUAUCUGGGCCACCAGAGGAAUUGCCGUUUGCGAAGGUCGAAAAUAGUCCAUCGCAGGCAAUUUUGUCAAGCGGCGACGGACGGUCGAAGGCGAUAAUCCUGUUCAAACCGUUUUCGGUGAAAAUUUACAACGAAUUCGACGAGUUGGUAGCACAUUUGAAUCGCGAUGGAAAAUUGAAGGUGGAUGAAUUCCGUAGAAAAGAAGAAGGAAAAACGUAUCCGGAGGGCUUCUGGGACGAAACGUUCAAAUCAUUCCGAGAUUCGAAACCAUUUGGAUCGAGCAGCGUUGGAGUUGAUAUCUCAUUCGUCUCAUUCAAACACGCCUACGGCCUACCCGAACAUGCGGAUAGUUUGGCUCUUCGCGAUACAGUUGGAAGCACCGAUCCGUACCGAUUGUACAACGCCGACGUGUUCGAAUACGAGCUCAAUAAUCCGAUGGCACUGUACGCCGCCGUCCCAUACAUUUUAGCUCAUCGCCCGCAUAGAUCGAUUGGAGCUUUGUGGUUGAAUGCCGCCGAGACUUGGAUAGACACUCAAUCUUCGAUGUCCUCAAAAGGGGUUCUUGGCAGUUUGUAUGACACGGUGACUGGCCAAGAUAAAAACGACGUGGCGCAUUUUGAUGCUCAUUUCAUGUCUGAAACUGGCCUCGUCGACGUUUUCUUCUUUGUCGGCCCAACUAUCAGAGAUGUCCAACGUCAAUACUCAAAAUUGACCGGCGUCACACCUCUUCCGCCGCUUUUCUCCAUCGCUUAUCAUCAAAGCCAUUGGAAUUACUUGGAUGAGAAAGAUGUCGCCCAAGUGAAUCAAGGGUUCGAUGAUUGGGACAUUCCAAUGGACGUCAUCUGGCUCGACAUCGAGCACACUAACGGAAAACGAUACUUCACUUGGGAUAAAUAUAAGUUUACGCAUCCAAAAGAGAUGAUUGAAGGACUUGUCGCAAAAGGUCGAAAAGUUGUCGCUAUCAUUGAUCCUCAUAUCAAGAAGGAUGACGGAUACUUCAAGUCUGACGGCACUACCGAUUUUGAAGGUCAAUGCUGGCCCGGCCUGAGCGAAUAUCUCGACUUCUGGCAUCCGCAGACCCGCGCGUAUUGGAAGGACUUGUUUGCGUUCGAUAAGUAUGUCGGUUCGACACCCGAAUUGUUUGUGUGGAAUGACAUGGAUGAGCCGUCGGUGUUUAGUGGCCCGGAAGCCACAAUGGAUCGCGAUGCAAUCCACUAUGGAGGAAUCGAGCAUCGCGAAGUCCACAACAUGUAUGGAUUGAUGUACCACUCAGCAACGUUUGACGGUCUUAUUGCAAGAACUAACGGACAGGACAGACCAUUCGUACUCACGAGAUCGGGAUUCGUCGGAUCCCAGAGGACCGCUGCGAUUUGGACAGCCGCUAAUUGGGGACAUUUGGAGAUAACCGCUCCAAUGCUUUUGUCGUUGAGCGUCGCCGGAAUUCCGUUCGUCGGCGCCGACGUCGGCGGAUUCUUUGGAGAUCCGGAUGAGCAAUUGCUUACGCGUUGGUAUCAGGCGGGCGCAUUCCAGCCAUUCUUCCGUGGUCACGGUCACAUCGAAACGAAACGACGCGAGCCGUGGCUGUUCAGCGAGACGACGAGAAAUUCGUUGCGCGAUGUGAUUCGUAUUCGCUAUACACUUCUGCAAUACUGGUACACACUUUUCCAAGAGCACAGUGAAAAUGGAAUGCCGCCGAUGAGGCCGUUGUUCUAUGAGUUCGAAAACGACGAGACGGUGCUAAAAGAGCAGAAGCAGUGGAUGGUUGGAAGCGGUUUGAUGGUUCGGCCGGUUUUGGAAAAGGACACAUACCGUGUUAACGUGCAAUUUCCGAAAGGAGAUCAAAAGAAUGUCAGAUGGUACGAAUGGAUAUCUGGUGUUGAACGCCUCGAAUCUUCAGCCAAUAUCGACGCUCCAAUCGAUUUUGUCCCUGUGUUCCAACGCGGUGGUUCCAUUAUUCCAACGUGGCAGCGAAUUCGUAGAUCGUCCGAUCUUAUGAAAAACGAUCCGCUGACGCUGGUCAUCGCUCUUGAUGCUGCUGGAAACGCCAAAGGAGAAGUUUAUCUUGACGAUGGCAAAACGCAUAACUACAGAAAUGAGGAGUUUGUGAAGGCGAAUUUCACCUACGAAACAACAUCAACCACUACGGCUAGUAUUAUCGGCGAGCACAUUGGUGAAAAAUAUGGUGCGAAGAACAGAAUUGAGAAAAUAGUUGUGCGAGGAAUUGAGAGAUCGCCCAAAUCGAUUGAGAUAACUCGCAUUUCGGAUCCGUUUGAGCCGCUCGAGUUCUCUUAUAAUCAAGAAAAUAAGAGUUUGACGAUCCGAAAACCUGAUGUUCUCAUAACGAAUAGCUACCAAAUCGAACUUAAAUUCAAAUAA